AUGUCUUCCUCUUCUAUGCCACCUCCUCCUACUCCCUUUGCUCACCGUCGAACCCCUCGACUCAUCACCAAGAACCUAUCUCUGUCACCACCCGCUUCGCCGGCGUCAUCAGAAUGUCUUCUUCGUAGGAUGUCCAAGGGCGCCACGUUCCACUACUCAUCCUCGCCGUCCACGGUCGAUGAUCCAGUCCUGAGCAUUCCUCACCUGACUCGUCGAUCCCCAACAUGCUCUCAGUCCACUCUCACUAGCUGGCUGUCGGAGAAAGAGGACGUCGCCAAGUCCAUCGCCGAUUUCGAGCAAACAUUCUCCGGCGCACGUGGGAAGAAGUCCUCCAGUCGCCGAACUUCCGCCCAGAACUUUGAGCAGCAAGUGAAGGCUUGUCGCGGUUCGCUCCCGUCGGAUGAAGGAUUGGGAUCAUCGAUCAGUCCGGCCAGUGACAAGGGUCUCGCCAAGUCAUUCGAAAGAGCUUUGGAUUUGUUGUCGAACAGAGAUAGCGGGCUGGGUACUUCCGUUAGUGACUCAGUCGAGAAGGUUGUGGGAGACACCUCCGAAGAAGACGGUCUUGUCAAAGACUUGAUUCAAGGUUGGAUUGCCCGCUGCGUCUUGAUGUGUGAAGACAUUGUUAACCAUCCCACCACAGAAGCUGACUCGCCAGAAUCGACAUCUCGCCGCGCCAGGCCACGAGAAGGUCACCCCUCAUCUAGGACUUCCACCACCGCUAUCACACGAAGCAUCGCCCCUCCAACUUCCCGGACGGCUGCUCGUCAUCCUCCUCUGAGCCCCUGGGCCCGAAACAAGAUCAAGGAAUAUAUCAUCACCCCCAUCCUCCGGGAGGAUCGAUUUGAGAUCCUUCAUCCUCUUGUUACUGCCCUCGGUUGCAAGGCCAACAAGGCCAUCCGAUGCUUGCGUGAUCUCGAACAGAGCCUAAUCUUCCAGCCAUUGACACUUGCCAUCUCACGGCCACUCUACCGGGUCUUUGGUGAAUUUACGGUUCAGCUCGUCGUUGAUACUUACCAACAUCUCCCGGAAUCGGAUCAACGACGUGCCGCUGAUCGUCCUUACGACAACGGAUACUUCCUUGAUCUCGUCCAACAGGUCAAUCGACUAGCUUCUCAUAUCGGUUCCUCCAAUCGCGCUCAGCAGGCCGGUCCUGCUGAAGACGACGAAAUGGCCUACUCUAUCGACGACGAGGUCACCCUUGAGGGUGGUCUCGGUGAGACCGGCAAUGAAGCUGAACUCGUUCGCUGGAAGAACGGCAAAGGAAUUUCCCUCCGAACUGGCCUGCCUUAUGUCCCCACACCGGGCAUUAAGCGAUCCAGCAGCGACGCUUUGGACGAAGACGUCGCCAGAUCCAUGGCCCGAAGGAAGAAGGGCUAUAUUCCCGAGAUCGUCGAGAUGAAAUGCCACGACAAGUCAUGCGACAAGAUAUUCACCAGAAAAUGCGAUUUGGCCAAGCACGAGAAGACUCAUUCUCGUCCCUUCAAAUGUCCCGAGGAGAGCUGCAAAUAUCACGAACUGGGUCUUCCCACCGAGAAGGAGCGUGAACGUCACUACAACGACAAGCACGCGAAAGACCCUCUCUUCUACAAGUGUGAAUUCUGCGAGUUCCGAACCAAGCGUGAGAGCAAUUGCAAACAGCACCAGGAGAAGAAGCACGGCUGGCAUUACGAGCGCGCCAAGGGCAAGGACAAGGCGACUUCCACCACCAAGAUGACACCGGCCCAGACUCCUCGCACUCCAAGCAUGGACUACUCUCCAAGUCCUGCCGUUUCCAUCAGAACCUGGGACGACGGAAGCUCCAUCGCAGGCAGCAUCGCCGGGAGCGCUUCUAUGACACCUUUCGAGCAGCCACUGAACAACUUCGAUAACUAUCAGUCCGCUCCGGUCACUUACUCGAACCCGAUCUUCCCUCGUACGACUCCAUCCGUGUCGUACAAUCAGACGGACGAUUUCGACUUCAAUGCCACUCCAUUCAACCAGAACUAUCAACCUGCUCAGGCAUACAUUUCUCCUACCAACACCACUCCCAUCACCCCUCACAACAUGAUGUCCACGCCGAUCACACCGGCUUAUAGCAACAUCACGGAGCCAUCUCCUUACGACAAUUCGAUGGAUAUUACCAUGGAUUGCAAUCCUCCAACCACUUGGAAUUCUGGCCUGCCCACUCCGGGUUCCUUCCUUCAACCUCAUUCUCGCAACCCCUCCAUCUCCGACCAAUCUCCUAUGAUAGCUGUCCCAUCUGGGCAAUCUUUCGGUGAUGCCCCUCUCCUGGUCCAGGAGCCGGACUUCCCUUCAGGGGAUUUCUCAUUAUUUGGAGGCGAAGGUAGCAAUGCCUUUUCGAACCCAGCUGCUGCCACGGCAACUCUGUUCCCUGGUGGGCCUGAGAUAUUUGCUUCACUUGACAAUGAUCCAAUGCUUGAUCCCGCCUGGAAUGACAGCGACUUUAUUGACUACGAAUGA